AUGGCAUCAUUGGCAGUCACUGAUCGAUUUAUUGAACUUUAUCUCGGUUUAUUUUUCUUGAUUUUGGGUCCUAUCGGCACUAUAAUGCAAAUAUUUAUUUUAACAACUGUAUCCUAUUACCGAACGAUUGCUUGUACAUUCUAUUUCUUUAUCGUAUCUAUACGCGAAUGUGGCUUAUUUAUAGCUGCAGUUGGUCCACUUGUUUUUGCCACUAUUCUAGACAUUGACAUAACGCGUAUCUCUGUUGUUUGGUGCAAGCUUCGUUUUUUUCUUGCUUUAAGUUCUGGUGCCGUUUCAUCAGCAUGUACAUGUUUGGCUACUAUCGAUCAGUUUUUAGUCACAUCUCAACAUGAUCGGUUUCGUCAAUUGAGUAAUAUUAAGAAUGCACAUCGAGUUUCUUUAUUCACUAUUAUCAUCUGGUGGCUUCAUGAUACUCUUUGGUUAUAUUAUCAGGACAUGUCACCAGUUACAGGUGUUUGUACCUAUAAAAGUAAUAUGUUUUUUCUCUAUGCUAUACUUUUCAUCUGUAUUAUACUCUGUGGUAUUCCAAUUUUAAUUAUGAUGAUAUCUGGAAUUUUAUCUUAUCGCAACAUAAGAAAAACAAUUGUUCUCUUGCGUCUACGCGUUGAUCGACAAAUGACAAUCAUAGUUUUCAUUCAAGUCGUGCUUACCGUAAUAGGUCUUAGUCCAUUUGGUAUUUAUACGGCUUAUGCAGUUAUAGCAGAAAUGGUUCAGAAAAAUACUGAUCAAAAAGUCAAGAAUGCUUUAAUUUCUAACAUUACUUAUCUUUUUUGUUCAGUCGCUUAUGGAGGACGAUUCUAUAUUCUUAUGUUUUCCUCGUCUCGUUUUCCUUGUUCUGUGAAGGAUCGAAUGUUAUGUUGGCGACGAUUACAACGCACUGUUAUUUUUCAAGAAGGAUGA